AUGAACACCCCCCCUCCUCCUUCACACCCAUACACUGUGCCUUGUUUUCCGAAAUAUCAAUACCAGACUAGCAUCACUAUUCGUACUCUUAUCCUGAUUCAUUGGGUAUGUAAAGUAACUCCACAAGGUUCAGGGACCGAGGUAAAAGACGUUGGAUCCUUGGGACCUGACUUGGCCUUCGGGGGACUGCACGGGAGUCGAGCCUCGGCAGUCAAGCCACACCGUGCUCCGUCACGGCUGAGCGACAUGAUCCAACUUCUGCAUCAUGCUGCAGGCUAUUCCGCUUCGCAACUGAGACUCAGGGCGCUCCCCCGCAUGCACAGCAAGCAUAGUCACCCUACAAUGGAGCCUCUAUAUGCCCAUUACGGUCGUGAAUUAGGGAAACUCCAACAGUCAGAUCCCGGUAAUUUCCCAUUUCGGUUAAUCGACUGCCGUUGGUGCGCUGGUGAGAACCGUGUGCGGCAGAAGACAAUGAUCUUCAACUAUUAA